UAGUUAUAUUUUUAUUCAAAAAUGAAGUCUCCCUGCUGACUCAGCUACUGAUAAUGUGCCGGAGUCGCUCUGACGUCAGCGAAACGAUCUACCUCCCCUCCUCCGACUCCGGAGCCCUCCCCUCAACGCGGUGAACGGACCCCGAGUACGCUAUGGGCGGAUUCGAAGAGAAGUGCGGAGAGAAGAGAUCGAAGGGAUCGAGGGAGUCGAAGGAGGUCAGUAAGAAUCUGUGGCUGGCUCCGAAUCCGAGCAAGAGAUGGGGCGAGAUCUUCUUCCUGAUGUAUACCCCUCUCGUUUUUACGCUGUGCCUCGGGAUCAUCGUGCCGUAUAAGCUCUACGAGACUUUCACGGAGCUAGAGUAUUUAAUAUUGGGAUUGGUUUCAGCGGUACCAUGUUUCUUGGUACCCCUUGUACUUGUUGGAAAGGCAGAUAGUGGGAAAUGUUUGAAGGAUCGUUACUGGGUGAAGGCCAACCUUUGGAUAGUAAUUUUCAGUUAUGUUGGGAACUACUUUUGGACUCAUUAUUUCUUCACCGUUCUUGGAGCUUCAUAUACUUUUCCAUCUUGGAGGAUGAACAAUGUGCCACAUACUACAUUCCUUCUUACUCAUGUUUGUUUCCUAUUUUACCACAUGGUAUCAAACAUGACACUUCGUGGACUGCGCCACUCCGUUUCUGGCUUGCCAAAGUCAGUUCAGCUCAUUUUUGAGGCUGCAUGGAUCCUGGCCUUAAGUUAUUUCAUCGCAUUUUUGGAGACUUUGGCGAUAGCAAAUUUUCCCUACUAUGACUUUGUUGAUCGGGACCUUAUGUACAAAGUAGGAUCCCUGUUUUAUGCUAUUUACUUUCUAGUGAGCUUCCCUAUGUUUGCAAGGAUUGAUGAGAAAGACAGUAAUUCAUGGGAUCUCCCUAGAAUAACAGUCGAUGCAUUGGGUGCUGCUAUGCUUGUCACAAUAAUACUUGAUUUAUGGCGUAUAUUUUUGGGCCCGAUUAUCCCAAUGUCAGAAUCAAGACAAUGCACGGCGCCAGGCCUUGCUUGGUUCCACAACCCUGAGAGCUCUAUGCCAAACCGCAGUGCAUGAUCCUUCAUAUGUUUGUAGAAAAUAUUGUAUGAACGUUCUAAAGAUGCGCGCUUUAGAUUUUUAGGUCUCGCUUAAAGCCUGUAUUGUUAUUGUCAUGGAUUAGCUCCUUGUUUUUAUGCUGACCAAACCCUGAUGAGAACCAGAGGAAAAGCUUCGUAUGCUGUGUUCAUGGAACUUUGGUUGAAGCCAUAUCCAGCCGAACUUGUUCGAGUUAUUGAAGAAGAGCUGCAUUGAAGCUACGUGGAAAAUUUUGCUGCCUAAAAUCUCUGUCAUGGCUUUGUAUUCAUUCAAUAUGUUUUGUUCCGAUGAUCGAAAUUGUUGGUAUUUUGUCCAGGGUCCUUUUCUUCUUGGUAAGAUUAUGAGAAUUUUAUUUUUGUUCCUGGGAUCAGUUCAUGAUGAAGGAAUGCAGAUGGGAAUUGAAGUUGCCUAGCUUUA